AGAACAGGGGCGUAACUGCUGGGGCUCCGCCCCAUACCUCGGCCCAGCCUCGGGGGUCUAGGGCUGAGGGUGUAGGACGGAAGUGAGCAGGUCUCACCCCUUCCCCCUCUCCCGCUGGUUAGCGCAGCCGCUGCUGCAGCCCGCUCUCCGGCGAGCCGGAGUCUCCGUGCCGUACUCUUGGUCCCCGGCGCGCGGAGCCGGGAUGCACUGCUCCUGCGGUGGGUCCUCAUCAUGGAGACCAAACGGGUGGAGAUUCCCGGCAGCGUCCUGGACGAUCUCUGCAGCCGAUUUAUUUUGCAUAUUCCCAGCGAGGAAAGAGACAAUGCUAUCCGAGUGUGUUUUCAGAUUGAACUUGCCCAUUGGUUUUACUUGGAUUUCUACAUGCAGAACACACCAGGAUUACCUCAGUGUGGGAUAAGAGACUUUGCUAAAGCUGUCUUCAGUCAUUGCCCAUUUUUGCUGCCUCAAGGUGAAGAUGUGGAAAAAGUUUUGGAUGAAUGGAAGGAGUAUAAAAUGGGAGUGCCAACAUAUGGUGCAAUUAUUCUUGAUGAGACACUUGAAAAUGUACUACUGGUUCAGGGGUACCUAGCAAAAUCAGGCUGGGGAUUUCCAAAAGGAAAAGUAAAUAAAGAAGAAGCUCCUCAUGAUUGUGCUGCUAGAGAGGUCUUUGAAGAAACUGGUUUUGAUAUCAAAGAUUAUAUUUGUAAGGAUGAUUACAUUGAACUUCGAAUUAAUGACCAGCUUGCUCGUUUGUACAUCAUUCCAGGAAUUCCAAAAGACAAAUUUAACCCAAAAACCAGAAGAGAAAUUCGGAACAUUGAAUGGUUCUCCAUAGAGAAAUUGCCCUGUCAUAGAAAUGAUAUGACCCCAAAAUCCAAACUUGGUUUGGCUCCUAACAAAUUUUUUAUGGCUAUUCCCUUUAUCAGACCAUUAAGGGACUGGCUUUCUCGAAGAUUUGGAGAUUCCUCAGACAGUGACAAUGGAUUUUCCUCAGCUGGUAGCACACCAGCUAAACCCACUGUGGAAAAAUUGAGUCGAACCAAAUUCCGCCACAGUCAGCAGUUAUUUCCUGAAGGUUCUCCAGGUGACCAGUGGGUAAAGCACAGGCAACCACUGCAGCAAAAGCCAUAUAAUAAUCAUUCUGAAACGUCUGACAUUUUAAAAGCAAAGAAUCAAAAUAUGAGGGGAAAUGGCAGAAAACCGUAUCAAGGACUCACCUAAUCAAAGAAAAGAACAAAUGGGGUCCACAGCCAGCCGGCCAAGCAGCAGAGUUCCUUGAUGAAAUGUGAAAAGAAACUUCACCCACGAAAACUUCAGGAUAAUUUUGAAACAGAUGCUGCAUAUGACUUAUCUUGCUGUGGUGAAGACCAGUUGCUAGAACAUGCUGAGGGACAGACCGUGGCAUGUAAUGGACAUUGCAGUCCCUUUUCAUCCAGAGCCUUUUUGAGUUUCAAGUUUGACCAUAAUGCGAUAAUGAAAAUCUUGGACCUUUGAUAGCAGCAGCAGUGUUGUGGAGUCCAAGAGCAGAGACCUGUCACAUUUGAGUGGUUGUCUCUCUCUGAGCCUUACCUUCUCAGGUUUUUAAAGAAAUGCAAGGAGGCAAUGAUGUUUCUGAAGAGAUUGUUCUCUGUGCAGAAGAGAGAGUAGAAAGAAACAUGAAUUUGGACUGUAAAUGCAGUUUUAUAACCUUUUUAUACAAAUGUACAUUUUCAGUGUUUGGCUAAUGAAUUUAAGUUGCUUUUAUGAGGGCAUUUUUUUUCCUGUGAUUGUAAUUUUUAUUUUAUGUUCUGAUCAAGAAAAUAAUGUUUGAGUUAUCAAGUUAAUGGGAAUGGUCUAUCUACCCAUUUUAGUGAUUGCAAUAAUAGUUUCCUUAUUUUGAAGUUUUAAAAGAAACUACAUAAUUUAUUAAAUGAACAUAAGAGUUGAAAUGUCAUAGAAGUCAAGAUUGCAGGUCAUCUUCUCUGGUGGCAUUUAGCAUAUUUCUUUGCUUUUAACCACUUAGGUUCUCUAAUCCUCUGCUUGAAGUUUAGUUGAAAGGUUUUAUUUAGAGCUAGCAUCUGCUAUAUAAUGUUCAUGUUCAAAAUGAACUCUUAGCACUUCAUUUAAGACAAAGUCCUCAGCCUGGAGAGGGACCGAGUUGGUUGGGUGUGGAGUUGCUGCUCUAACUCUGUGUUGUGCUACAUGCAGUUGGUAAACUUGUGAGACUGCUGGAGAGAAGGUAGCAGAGACACGGAGGCCAUGAUGCAGCAGCUGCCUCGGUCAUGUCCUUCGCCAUCCUGCCACUAGCCCUUUAGUAUCGUAUGAUGGUUGUUCUUGAGAAGGUAUAUUCUAUAUUAUGGUUGUGUAAUACAUAUGGAAUCUGACAUUAUUAGGUUUUAUGUUGCAUCUCAGUGUUGGUCUGUGGAAACUGAUGUUACAGUUGGUUCCAGUCUGCAGUAGUAGCAGAGGCUGACUUGCUUCUAUGAGCAUGCUGAAGCCCCUGGAUGAUGGAGUGAGAAUAAAAGGAGGGUGCAGUUCACCCGAGUACAUAUAAAGCAUCUCUCUAAGGGGUGGGAGUCAGAACGUGGAAGUAACACACAUAACUCCUAGGAAUGUAUUUUGCUUUUUCAGGAUUCUUAAAUCUAAAUAAGGAUGGCGGUGCCCUUUUAAGGAGGAUUUCAGCUAUAAUUGAGGACAAUCACCAGGGCUGUAAGGGGGCUUUAGUGUUUGGGCUGCUUGUGACUUCAGUGAAGGUAUUUGUGGGGGGCGGGGGGGAUUAGUGUGAGCAUGUGUGUGUGUGUGUGUGUGUGUGUGUGUGCAUCUGUCACGUGGAUUUAAAAAUCGUUUUUUACAUGUGGUAUCCACAAAAUAUAUCUCUGCUUGUAAAUUUUAUUGUAGAAAUCUUUAUUCUGUAUAGAUAGCCUAUUUAAUAGGGGUUCUAUAUAACCCAUGGGGCUUUCAAAAGAAAUAUUAUUGUAAGGAAUUCACUUGGUAUUACUUUGGUUUAGCUUUUAAAUGGCUUGAUUUUUAAAGGAGAAAUUCUAUUUAUUAAUGAAAGUGUCACCCUCUUGGUGCUAAGCAGGGGAAUUCACAAUUGCAACAUGUGUUUAGAAUUAGGUUAUUUACAAUCCUGCAUCUUUUAAUGUGACAAAUUUGUGAAUACUUUUGUGACUUUUUAAAAAAUGCAUUCUGUGAUUGUGUUUGGAAGUUCUUACUCUUCUUUCCAGAAAUACAGCUGCUUUGCUUGGUCUCCUUGAGCCAUAUUUAUAUUGGUCCCAGCAUUCAGAUACCUGUUAAAUUGGUAAGGGAGUGAAACUUCAUUUGCCUGGCAGGUAAAUCAUUUUCACUCAUUUACUGUCGUCUGGAAACCAUUUAAUUUUUAGUAAUUUUGUAUGUUUUUUUUAAGUGAGUACUAUACUAUGGUCAUUUUUUCUGGUGCCUGGAGUUGGAUUUUCAGCUCUCUAUUAAAGCGAAAGAGAUUAGAGGUAGUUAUCGGAAGUAUGUCUUCUACUAGUGUUGAACCUUGUCAAGAACCAACACGUUUUCUCUUUUCAUUUGCAGUGGUUUAGCCAUAGUUCAGUGUUAUUGCCGUCGUGCUGCCUCCACUGAUACACUGUGGCACAAAAUAAGGGUAUUGUUGGGAUGGGAUUUCAAUAACUUGAGGCUUUUAUCUAUCUUGACAGUUUGAGGUAAAAAAAAUUUACAUGAGUAAAGUUAAUGUGUAUGAUGUGACUAAACUAUGCAGAAAAUGUGAGUUGGAUGUAUCUGUUUUAUGUAUACCUGCUAUACUUACUCCCUCGGACCCGUGUGUGUGUUAGUGUCUCAUUGUUCAGGUUUCCUUGAGAAAGGCCAUGCUUAGCACAGAACUGGAUUUCUCCUUGGAGAAAAUUUAGCAUGGUUUGAAGAAAUUAAGUGAUGAAGAAGAGUCCUGAAUAUGCAAUAAUUUACUCUCCUGUGUGCUGCAUUCUAAGCUAGAUGAGAACAGUAGCUGUGUUGGCUUCAUUAUGUUUGUCUUUGAGAGAGAAAUAGGUCUUUGAAUCCACUUUUCUUAUGUUCCAACCUUAUAUGUUCCAAGGUUCAGUGCACUGUGAUUCUUUUAUUUUUUAAAAUUUUGUAGGUGCUUUUAUAUAUAACUGUAAUGUUUCAUAAGCUGUUAAAUGAAUUGUUUUUGUACUUAACCAUAGUAAUCCAAAAGAUAAGGGUAUGGUUUACAUGCUUUCACAAGUUUUCAUUAAGAAAUAACAAGAGAAUGGUUUUAGGAAUUCAACAGUGAUGCUCUUCUGAGACAUGAGUGUUUGAAGAGGUCUGAGAACCUAAUAGAACUCUUAAGAGCAUGGAUGAAAUUUGAAGAUGUUUGAAAAUUAAGUUGGAUUCUCAUUUUAGUAUAUAAAGGCAAGUCUGUGCUGUCACAGGAAUUGUGGUUGCUGCUUUGAGCUUGGAUAUCCUUAUUUUUCUAUUAAAUAUCAGUACAGAUAAUGACAUGUAGUGAAAUUUAGCAAAAUUAAUUUUAUGCUAUAAGAUUGGGUUGGUACUUUGUCUUUUAGUAAUUUGUUCAGUAGUCCUCACUUAUCUGCAGCUUUGCUUUCUGUGGUUUUAGUUACCCACAAGCAAUUGUGGUCUGAAAAUAAUAAUGGAAAUUUCCAGAAGUAGUUCUUAAGAUUUAAAUUGUACAUUGUUCUGAGUCACGUGAUAAAACCUUACGCUGUGGUUCUCCCUCUGCCCAGGCCCUGCAUCGUCCUGUGGUGCAGCGGAUUCACGCUGUCCAUACUCCCUGCCCAUUAGCCACGUAGCACCCAUCUGGGUUAUCAGAUUGCUACUCAUGGUAUCGUAGUGCUAGUGUUUAAGUAACCCUUAUUUUAUGUAAUGAUGGCCCCAAAGCACAAGAGUAGUGAUGCUGGCAGCUUGGAUGUGCUUCCUUUAAGUGAAAGGAUAUGUAUAUAUAGGAAAAAAACAGUGAUACAGGGUUUGGUACUAUCCGUGGUUUCAGGCAUCCACUGGGGAUCUUGGAAAGCAUCUCUCUGGGUAAGUGGGGACUACUGUAAUAUCAACUAAAAAGAACAACUCAAAGUAAAGAGCAUCCUUCCAUAGAGGUUAAACUCUUCUAUAAAACUUAACAUAUUGUAGUGGUCUUUAGAAAUGUUCAGGUCUGCGUGCAUGUGUGUAUUCAAAACAUUUCAUACCUAUUCUCUCAUUUAACUUUUUUUGGGGGGGGGGCGUGGUUCUAAUAGUUAGUUAACUUGAACAGUAAGGAGCAAAAAAGUCAAUUAUAAAAGUUUGCCAAGUUACUUCCUUACUAUUUAUAAUAUCUCUUGGCUUUAUAUUUUUGUACCUUUGGACGUCCCUCUGCUGCUUCCAGAAAUUUUGUUUUGAUUGCCAUCUAUUGUCUCAGUUGUUCUGAGACAAUAUUUUCUUUGCAUAUUAAUCAUAAUUUUAAGGUUUGAUUCAUUAACAUUUUGUGAUUGAAGAAAAGUAAUUGUUACCUAGUAAUUUUGACUUGGAUGAUUUUCUAGCCUGGAAAGAGGCUUAUUUAUUGCUGUAAUGUUAGAUUUAAGCCAAACAAGACAAACUCUUAUUUUGUCUGAAGGUAUUAAUAUCCUUUACUGUUAAGCACCCAUUUCUAGGUAAAUGGGUGUCAGUAAAACAACAGUUUUGUUAAACCUUAUUCCUGAUAGCUGGGGAAAGCCUAGCUAGGGUUCCUUAUGUUGUAUUCUGUCCUCAGACUUUAAAAGUACAUUUUGUAUAGCUGCCAGAAAGUCUAAAAGUGAGAUUAUGAUGGGCUUUCUCAGCAUCCUUUUUCCUAGAAUUGAGUUACUCUUGGAGUCUGAACUCCUGUGUGAUAAAGAUGGCAGGUUGCAGAUGGCCAGGAAGGCUCUGCCCAUGCUUUCUUCCAGAGCAGAGAUUUGGAUGGCAGUUCCAAGAAACACAGUAGGUAAUUAUUUAAAACAACAGUGCCCCGAAGGGAGAAGAUAGGUAUAGUUGCUGGGCAAAGACAGCAAUGAGUGCUAUUGAUGUCCUAGGCUAGGAAUGUGAGCAUUGCCUAGUCCAAGCAGAGUGGCCAUUACCAGGCGUGUUCUCCCAAGUAAGGUUAAAGUUGUUUUUUUCCCCUCAAGUAUGGUUGCCAAGCAAUCCAGUGAACCUGAAGUAAAUUUUCUCACUUUAAAGAUCACUUUUUGGGAGUCUGGUAUUUCCUGUGCUGAUACUUGGCGACUGCAGCCACACUGGAGUGCACUGCUUCCUUACAGGAACAGAACCCAGAGCGCACACAGUCACUUCACACGGUAGCUGUACGUUUGUCCUGAAUGGUGAUCUGUUCUUUUCCAUCCAGUUGCCUGUGUGACAAACAGCAGCAUUUACUAUUGAAAUACGAAGUAGUCUAUAUAUAGCUAGGGAAACAGUAAAGCUACCUCUUGUGCAUGGGGGUGGACUUGAAGGGCUGGCUUCUAUGAGCUUAGUUGCUCAGAGUUUAACAAAGUAUUGUACACAGAAAUAUAAAUUUAAGAAAAACUUUAUAAAGUAUGUGGAAGUCUUCUAUCUUGAGAAAUACUCACAAUUGAAUCUUAAUCUGGGUCCCCAGAUUAAUGAAAAGACUAGUUUAGAGAGAUUCCAGUUGUCUUGGGUCUUCUGUGGUCUCAGAGGAGAUGGUCUAGCUGUGGUAGCAGCUUGAAAAGCAAAAUCUAAAAGGAACUAACCUUGGCAAGGCGCUUGCAUUAACUGUGUAGUGUUGGGAAAAGGGGCUCAAUACAGAAAUUCAGGUGCCUUUGUAACUUUGUUCCACAUGGACACUCCUCUUAUUAGACUUUAAUUUUUUAGUCCAACAGUGGAAGCAUAAGACCCUGAACGUAUAUUGCUGUUUUUGUGGGAGGAUUCUUAAGUUGUUUGGGUGGUGGGGUGGUUAGUGGCUUCUCUCUGUUUGUACCACUUGAAGACCUGUUUCUUAAUCCUUUUUCUUGGUGUGACUAGCCAGGAGAGCUAUUGAGUCCCUCUCCCUGUUCUCACCACUCCCUUCUUGUAUUGUCCCUUUUGUAGAAAGCUUUCUUCCUCUUGUUUACUAGUGCUCCAUAUCCAUGGUGAAUCUGCCUCUGUGGGAAUUUGCAAGCAGUGAUCAUAUCUUGCCUUUGAGUUGAUUUCAGUGACCCUUGGGCUGUAAGCACAUUGGAGGACUGGGGACAACCUGUGCUAUUUUCAGUCUCAGUGUAUUGGGAACAAAGAAAUCUGCAUUUCUAGGGUGAAAUGGGCAGUGUUCUUCUGGUCCUCAGCCUUAGUUAAUAUUCUUAGGCUGUGGUCUUUUUAAAGGAGAAUGUAACAAUUAGUUUUUAUUUCAUUGAAGCAAUCUAUCUAAAGCAGUCUAUAGCUACAACCUACGGUGUGAAACAUUUGGGGCACAAGCCUACAUUGUUAGUCAUUUCUCAAGCUUUUAAUUAGCUAGUUCUUUGUAAAAUGGUAUAUUGGCUUAUGCUUUUGUGAUAUUUAGGAACAGACUAUGGAUGGCAGCAAAUGAAUGCAAAGGUUUUCGACAGUGGAAAGAAAUAAAGGCAUAACUAUUCCUCCGCAGUUUGGUUUGGUGGGAUGUGCUAGUACUUUGGAACAAACAAGUGGCAGUGGACUUACGCUCUUCAUGUACUUUACCUAUGGCGUGCGCUGACCCAAAAGCACAGAGACACCUGCAGGAGUUCCUCUGAGCCUCUCACUACUGUCGUGGGGACCGCUGUCUUACUGUUCAUUUUAGGUUCGUGUUCGAACCUAAAGUAUCUUUAGUUUCAAAUGCAAGUGUCCAAAGAACUGUCCUUAAUUUUGCUUUUUUGCUUAUAUUUUACUUCAGAACUAGGAUGGGAGACAGCUAACCUGACCUCCAUUUAAUAUUACAAUCUUUUCCUUCAGUAACCAUAGGGAAGGAAAAUAAAAUCAUGAACUAUUUUACAUGCAUAUAUUUGUAUAUAUAUAUACACACACAUUUUUUUUCUUACAACUGUUUUUGAAGUUGCCUGUUGGCUUUUAAUACCUUAUAAAAAUUGUCUUUGGUAGGUACUGACUCAUACGAUUCAGAUUUUUAAUUUUACUUGUUGACUUUAAUGAAAAUUACAAUCUUAUUUCAGAAUAAAAUGGUUAAUCAAAUGGAAUUAUAAUUCAUGUAUUAGCUAUCUUAAGGGAAAUGUUGUAAUCUUUUGUCUAGCAGAAUAAAGGCAAACUAUUGAAUGGAAGGGAGAAAGAAUUGAUUCCAUUUAUACCCUGCCUUAUUUCCAAAGCAAGAUAUGAACAAAUGUCUUUUAUGCUGUUGGGACUAAGUAAUGCUCAUGGAAGAUGUGUGGUCUUAAAAACAGUUGUCUUGGGAAUAGUGUUAGUCUGAAAAAGGUGAAGAUAUUUAUGCUGAGUUAUGUAACAAAUUACUCGGGACUUAAAAAGCUGGUAGAAAAAAAUUGAAAUGGUUUCACUAAGUAUGAUGUUCAAUUGAGAAAACUGGACUUCAGAAUAAAUGUGACUACUGUCACUGUUGUCUUAAGUGAAAUGAUUUAACAUUUAAUUUUUGCCUUAAAUUAUAGAAGCAUUUUAUUAUUUUACCUUAGGGAAUUUUACUGUUUGGAGAAAGACUGUGUAAGUAAACUUUACACUGGGAGUGAUUCUGUCUAUAUAGUAAUGAAAUUCUCGGUGCUUGUUUUGGUUAAUUGUCAAACUUUCAGGGAGAGCAGAAAAGGAGCCGCAAAAUUGUAACUGCUGGGUUCACCCUGUAGUUACAACAGUUGAUACCUUUAGAGCAGGUUUAUUGUAUUUCUGGGUUUAUUACAUUCUGGCUUUGUCUGUCUCCCUCAAUGUAAAUGACUAAUUUUCAAUUUAAAUUUGGGUGUGACUAUCAAAAAAGGAAUGACUCAUUUAUUAAUUGGGAGUUAAUGUUUGCAGGAUUGCUGCAUUUCCAAAGUUUUCUAGAAAUGCAAGCUGAGAAAAGGAACAAAUUUCUAUGUCUUAACAGUUACAUUCUUUUUGAAAGCUUUUUGAUGUAACACCAAUUUAGAAAUUACAAAAUACAAUUUGAAUGAUGGAAGGUUUCCUUUGUAUUUUAAAACAUUUUCUUUUCAGUUGAUUGUUCAAAUACUGGCUUUCUGUAAAAACAUUAUCAUGUUAAAUUUAGACUGUAGUGCAAUAUCAAUAAAUUUUGCUGCUUGGGCAGUUUUACUUACUACCUUAA